CGGUAGCUCAGGCAACUAAAGUCGAUGGAUGCGUAUUGAAAAAGGCGGCAAGAUUCUACGGUAUCGCUGACCUUCAUAGCUCAACGCGUCGUCUCUUCUUUGGCUGCGGUGUACAAACAGUGUGCCAAAGAUAAAAAGAACCUGUAGAGAAGAAAAGAUUUGAAGCUGCGGAUAACAACAAACAAACAAAAAGACUGCUGUGCUUCUUUGUUAAUUAACGCUCAAAAAAAAACUAAGUUGGAAAUCACUACUCCUAGUCUUCCUUUGACAGGUUAUUUACAGGAUUGUGGACAGAUCAACAGGAAAUUUACAGACGUUGUAAAUAUCCCGUAAAUGGAAUUUACAUCAGCACAUUUACAGAAUUCCCAGCCGAAGAAACCUGAGUUGGAAAUUCUACUCCUAGUCUUUCUUUGACAUUACACAGACUAAAAGCAUCAAUUGUAACGAAUAUCUCCAAUCAUAUAAAAAAAAAACAUGAAGAAACGCCAAACGUGAUAAAAAUGAGUAUUAUUACAACCUGUCAAUCAAUCGGCCUCAACUAGUUCACAAUGGGUAUGAAAUCAUCCACAGUUUUUCUAAUCAUCACAGCGAUUAUAACAAUGAUGACGAUGCUGAAAAGCCAGUUUUUACCGGUUUCAUACAAGAUCGACGACGGAUUCGCAUUGGUUGGUCACGUGAUCCAGACUGUCCCCAACAUUCUUCCCGAGUGCUUAGUCACGUGUCAGGACUCACYGGACUGUUAUUCUAUUAAUGUUUACAAAGAUCGCAAUGGCAAUGAUAUGUGUCAAUUGAACAACUGUACAAAGGAGCACUGUCCCCAGUCACAUGUGGGAAUGCUUGGCUACCGAUACGUGCAGUCUUCCGAUGCUUCUUAUUGGACGAAAUGCUCCAAGAAACCUUGUCAACAUGGCGGUCAGUGUAUUCUCGACGAUGGUCCAUACCACUACAUAUGUAACUGCACUGGUAAAUACGCGGGAAGGAAUUGUCAAAAAGAAUGUGUGAUCUUUGAUUUUGAAAAUGGUAUCGACGAAUGGACGCUUACAGGUACAGCAUUCAGCAAUCAGCCGACUUAUGGCGAUAACCCAACAGCCAGGAAUCGCCGAGACCAACCAUCCAAUCACCGAGGAGACUGGUGGAUAGGAACAUACGAAAAUCGAUCCAGUCCCUCUCACCUACCAGGGGAAAUAGUCGGUGAUUUGCCAACUGGGAUUAUGACGUCACCGAAGUUCGUCAUCAGGGGAAGGACAUUGAAGCUUCUAGUCGGUGGCAGCAAAGACAUUACAAAGGARCGUGUCGAGCUACUGGUCGAUGGGAAUGUGAUCGCUCAGGCGACUGGCUCAARGCAUGAAACAAUGAAUCAAAAAACGUUUAAUGUGGAAAACUAUCGCGGGAGAAUAGCGCAAAUACGAAUUGUUGAUGGUUGUCCUGGAGCUUGGUGUCAUAUCAAUGUUGAUCACAUUGAAGAUAGCAUUUGUCAUGAAUAA